AUGGUCGAAGGUGGGUGUCUAGGGUUGCAGCUGGUCACCGUUCCCUUACACCUCGCGGAAUGCGCCUAUACGCUCAAGCGUCUUAAACAGCCUCUGCUGAGGAAGUCUUACUCACUACCUUCUCGUGGUGGUGUUUUCCCACCAAAGUGA